GAAACAGACUGUACUGUGUGAAAUAGGCAAAGGUGUCGAUGGAGCGCCAAGUGUUUGGGGUGUGGGUGAGAGUACCCUGCAUUAGAGAUUUUGGAUCCUGUAUCUACGAGGACCUGUGUAACUAUGGCUACGAUGAAGAUACGUCAUGUCCUGCGUCCUUUGUUCAAGAUCGUGUCCCCUGCCGUUGUCCUGUUGAAAAGGGGCUGUACAAGAUUCCUAGCGACGUGAGAAUAUCUGCGGAUGGCAACCACUGGGCAGGCCUCGUUAGUGGAAAAUACAGGGCCACAGCGACGUUCACACACAAUAAGUACGAAAUGGCCUGCUACACCGCCUCGUUUACUCUCAAAGCAGUCCCAAAGUAAAUCACUGCAAUUAGCACUGUAAGACUCACAUGUAAAUGCAAAACGCAGUCACUGAAAUAAACGUGAUUUAGUAAUCCAUACUCUAAAACGUAAAUUUAA